AUGUCCAUUAUGAAGCAGAGGCUACCACUGGGAGAGUUUUCCAGCUCAAAGAUUAACAAGCUGGCAAUUGCCAACAUCGCAGACGCCAGUGAGCCUAGGAGCCGUGGAGAAAACAAUAUCGGGGCCGUGUGUCUGCCCUCUAUCAAGAGUUUAAUGGUUAGCCCCGAAGUAUACGAGAAUACGAAGAGCCUGCCUGUUCCCUUAAUAAGAAGUGGUGGCGGAGGUGUGGCUUGCACCAGUAAGUCGUCAUGCCAGGAUAAUGUUCGCAAAGAGAAAAUAUCUAGAGAUUAUUCAGAGCUUUCCAAGAAGUUACAGAUUCGUCUACAGUUUGCUUAUUAUAAGUACAAAACUAAACAGACAAACAAAAAUUUUACAGAUUUGAAGUUGAAGCAUAGCAUUACAAGGCCCUCCAAGGUCGCCACUCGCACUAAGUCAGAGCCGUUAACGAAAAGAAGGAAACUGGUGCUAUCUCAGGGCCAUUAUAAGACUCCUGCGAAGUCUAAGAUCAAAACUCCGUCUUCCAUUUAUGGUUCUCAUGGUGACACAUCUUCUUUUACAUGUUUCCACAAUGAAGGCGAAAGUUUAACUAUUACCGCGAACAUGGACAUCACCGAUACCACUACGCCAAUACGCAACAAUAUAAAUAUAAAGCAUUCGAACAGUCAUAAUCGCACACUGUAUCAGAAACAAGAAACACCUACAAGCAUCAAGGCUGCUAAAUCCUUAAUACAUCUCUUUACAAGUAACCAGUAG